GCUCUAUCUGUUCAAGUCGCAUUCCGAAGGGCCAUCAAUAGCUUUUCUAGAUUCUAGAUUUGCGUCCAGCGGUCCGGGCAUGCGAAGCGAUUAGCCAUAAUUCCUCACAGGAUCGAUCGAAGACUUGCCUAACUAAUGGGCCGUGUUAGGGCUGACUCCUCCUAACCUGUACGAUCACCCUGCGAUACAGUCACCAUGGACACCUCUGCUGCCACGGGUCCUGCGCAGUUAGCUCUCCCCACCACGCCAGAAUCCGGCCUCCGCGUUUCGCGGAGCGCGGGGAACAUGCAGGAGUCGGCGAAUGGGUCGAGCGCGGCGUCGACGCCACGCAGCCACAAGGAGAUGGAGGCGCUCGCGUACUCGUCCGGCCAGAGCCUCGCGUCCGUUCUUAACGACCCGCGCAUGGGCAAAGCUGGGAUUUACGGAACCGAGAACGCGUGGACGUGGAUUACUGCGCAGCGGCCGUUAGAGCCGGCUCUAGAGGGUCCUCCGCCUUUGCCGCCGGAAAUUCAGGAUUUUCCGAAGUCGGAGUUUCAGCCGUAUCUGCAGCGGAUGAGGGAGCCGUAUGGCCGAUUCGUGGACGUGCAGGAGCAUUCCACGUGGGAGAUGGCCACUGGAGAGGCUCCGGGUGCUGACGUGGACAGCGAGGGAAGGGAUGAUCGGAAAGGCAAGGGUAUUCUAGCGUCGAUGUCCGAAGGUCAGGGGCUAGCCGCGUGUCUGAGGGAAAUACCCCCGGUUUAUUUCGACGAGCAUUUUGCUCUCGAGCGGAAGGAGAUUUUCGAUACGGUCUGCCCGUCCCCUUCCAUUCCCGCGAACAUGCUUCUUCAGGAAAAGUUGUCCCAUUACUUAGACCUGGUAGAGGUGCACUUAGUUAAAGAAAUCUCUUCCCGCUCGGAUUCGUUCUUCGAGGCCCUGGAAAAGCUGGAAGAUCUGAACCGUGGGAUCGUGGAGACGUGCGAUCGCAUCCGUCUGUUGCGCGGCACGGUGGGGAAGCUGGACGAGGAUCUGCUGGAAGGAGCGCGGAAGCUGCAGACGACCAAGGUUCGGCGCGAGAACCUUUUGCAGCUGCACCAGAAGCUGAAGCUGGUGGCAUUCGUGCACCAGGCCAUGGCGACGCUAAAGCUGCUGGUGUCAUCGGGCGACUGCGCGGGCGCGCUGGACGUGAUAGACGACUUGAGGCGGCUGAUGAGCGGCGGGGACCUGGCGGGGCUGCACUGCUUCCGCCAGCUCAACGACCACCUGCUCUCCUCGUCGGAUGCUGUCAACAGUCUCCUGUCGGCUGACUUUGUGCGGGAAGCAGUGCACGACGCUGCUGACGUGGCGCCAUCCGCUGUAGUCACGAGCUUCAACCUCCAGAAGAGUGUGCCGCCCGCUACAACCCUGCUCACUAUAGUCAACCUCGAGCACGAGGGCAUGGAGGAGAGGGAGGCUCGCCUGCGAGAGCACCUGCUGCCGCUCGUCAUCAGCCUGCUGCGCACCUCCCGUCUGCCUGCAGUGCUGCGCGCAUACAGGGAUGCAGUGAAUGUGGACAUCAAGGCGGCGGUGAAGACAGUGGUGGGCGAGCUGCUGCCGCUGCUCUUCCUGCAGCACGCUGCCGCUGCUGCCGCAGCUGCUGCUGGAGGAGCCGGGGGGGCCGCAGGAGGGGAGGGGGGCGAGCCCACUGCAGACGCGCUGAAUGCGCCAUCUCUGGCUCUCAAGCUACGCGCACUAGCCCCCCCCGCCUUCGUGCACCUGCUGCUGGCCGUCUUCUCAGCCGUUCAGACCCGCCUCGUGCGCGCAGCAGCCGUGCGCAACGUGGUUCACAGCAUCGCCACCACCGGCGCUGCUGCUGCUGCCGCUGCCGCCGAACCUGCCACCCUCGCAGGCUCAGCAGGGUACGAAGCUGCUGCUGUGGCUGCAGCGUUUGCUUCGGGUGCCGAACGUGUGGUAGCUGCCGAGGCUGCUGAGUCGAAGCUGCUGGGGAGGGGGGGCGUGACGAGAGGUGCGGGAGGGGGGGGAGGGGCAGGAGGUGGUGGGGUGGCAGGCAGCGGGGAGGCAGCAGCAGGGGGUGAUGUGAAUAGCCUGGCUGCUCUGGCCACGUCCAAGCAACUAAGAGCCGACGUUCUGAGGGAAAACACGGAAGUAGUGAGCGAUGCGUGCGAGGUGGCGCACGGGCGGUGGGCGAAGCUGCUGGGGGUGAGGGCGCAGGUGCACCCGAAGCUGCCUCUGAGCGACUUUGUGGACAUGUACUCCGUGACCUCGCACUUCAUCUCGUCGUCAGAGCGGGUGGGCGGCAGGCUGGGCUACAGCAUACGGGGCGCGCUACAGUCGCAGGCCAAGGCGUUCGUGGAGACACAGCACUCGGGCAAGAUGGCGCUCAUCCUCUCGCUGCUGAACAAGGAGACGUGGACGGCUGUAGAUGCCACGCCCGAGGCCCAAGCCCUAGUCGACUUCUUCUGCACCUUCCUCGACCCAACUGCCGAGGCCGAUGCUGCUGCCGCUGCUGCUGCUAAUGCUGCUGAUGUGGCUGCUGCUGCUGCUGCUGCUGCUGCCGCUAGUGAUGCUGCUAGUGUGAGUGAAGUCACUGCUGCUACUGCGACAACUGUAGCAGCUGCUGCGGCUGAGAGCAGGGGCACAGAUGGGGGGGGUGCUCCUCCUGCUGACGCAGCAGCAUUCAAUGGGCCGGUGACAGGUGGCGCCGCGGCGAAUAGCACGGAGACAGAUGGCAGAGUGGCAGAGGCUGGGGGUGGGCGGGGGGAGAAUGGGGCGAAGGAGGCGCAGGUAGGGGAGUUGAGGGAUGAUUGGCCCCAGCAGUCGCAGCAACAGCAGUCGCAGAAUACAGGUGCAGAGGGAGAGGGCAGUGGAGCAGAGGGGCAGGGCACGGCAAGAGGGGUCGGCAUGGCCGCCAGUCAGGCAGGCAGAAGAGAAGGCGGUGGGGGUGGAGAGGAGGGUGAUGGAGGCGGGGAAGGGGUUGUGGGGCGAGGAGGAGCAGGAAGAGGGGAGGCGGACGGGGGAGUGGAACCAAGGAGGGAGAGGAGGGAUGGAGAGGCAGAGGCAUCACAGCGAACAGAGCCGGUGGCAGGUGCAGGUGGUUCAGUCGCUGCAACUGCUGCCGUGGAGCCAGCAUUGGCUGCAGCAGCACCCGCAGCACCAACGGCAGCAGCAGCGCCAGCACCUGCUGCUGCCACUCCUGCUGCUGCUGCUGCUUCGCCUGUCGCUGCUGCCAGUGGAGGCGUUGAGGGCGGCAAGGCGCAGAAGAAGGCUGCUGUGAAGACGAUAGUGUGCCGGGGAGUGAAGUACCACGUCACUGGCAGCGCAUGCACGCUGCUCUCAGUGACCCGAGAGUACGUGUCGAUAACUGAAGCCCUGCCAUCACUAUCAGGCGAGGUGGUGCAGCGCCUGGCGGACCUGCUCAAGCUCUUCAACUCGCGCACCUGCCAGCUCGUGCUGGGGGCAGGCGCCAUGCAGGUGUCGGGGCUGAAGACCAUCACGGCGAAGCACCUGGCGCUCAGCAGCCAGUGCAUCUCGCUCGUCUAUGCACUCAUUCCUGACCUGCGUCGCAUCCUCUCAGCCUACAUCCCCGACGCGCGACGAGGGCUCGUCAUGACUCACCUGGACAGAGUGGCACAGGACUACAGGGUGCACAGGGACGAGAUCCACAGCAAGCUGGUGGCGAUCAUGAGGGAGCGCCUGCUGGUGCACCUCCGCUCGCUCCCAGGUGUGGCUGACGGCUACUGCCGCCCCGACGACUCACCUGCCGAGCAGCAGCCAUCCAACUUCGCACGUGCGCUCACCAAGGAGGUGGGUGUGCUGCACCGCAUCCUCUCACCGCUGCUGCUGGAGGCCGACCUCCGCUCCAUCUUCUCGCGAGUGGUGGCGCUAUUCCAUGUGCAGCUCGCGGACUCGUUCUCCAAGAUUGACACGCCCACACCACAGUCCAAACGCAGAAUGUAUCGAGACGUGGACCUCAUCCUACAGUGCAUGCGGUCACUGCCUGGUAACAUACUAGCAUCUUCGUUUGAAGGGCGGCAGAGAGAGCUGGACCAGUUUGUGGUCUCUAGAUUUGGCAACAGCCCACCUCCAUGAAAUGUUGACCAAACUGAAUAUUUUUCACGAUGCUUCUCAUCUAUGUAUGUGAGAUCAUGCAAGCAAUGAUUUGG